AUGCGUUUCUCGUCUCUCACACCCUGGGCCCUGCUGGCGGUUGCCACAUCUGCCUCGCCAACCCCUACCAACGAUGAUGGCCACAUGCUGAACAAGCGAGCGGCUAUCACCGAUGCCUGUAACAUUGGUUACUGCACUCAGAACGGCGGCACCAAGGGUGGCGCAGGAGGCACUACCACUACUGUGACUAACCUUGCCCAACUUUCGGCCGCUGCCAUUGCUCCUGGUGCUGGCAUCGUGAUUGUUCAGGGCAAGAUUACCGGUGCGGCCAAGGUCCAAGUUGGCUCUGACAAGACCAUUGUUGGAAAGGCUGGCAGCUCACUGGAGGGCAUCGGGCUCACCAUCCUUGGUCAGAAGAAUGUUAUCAUCCGCAACAUGAAGAUUUCCAAGGUCGAGGCGGACUAUGGCGACGCCAUCACCAUCCAGCUGACCAAGAACGUUUGGGUCGACCACUGCGACCUUUCGGCGACAAGAGAGGGUGUGGACAAGGACUUCUACGAUGGCUUGACGGAUCUGUCCCACGCUGCUGACUGGGUCACGAUCUCGCACACUUAUUUCCACGACCACUCUAAGGGUUCCCUCGUGGGCCAUUCUGACAACAACGCGGCUGAAGAUACCGGAACCCUGCGUGUCACUUACGCAAACAACCACUGGUUCAACGUUCGCUCCCGCGGACCCCUUCUGCGAUUCGGAACUGCCCAUGUCUACAACAACUACUACAAUGGCAUGGAUACUGGCCUCAACUCCCGCAUGGGUGCUCAAGCUCUCAUCCAGAGCUCUCUCUUCGAAGAUGUUGGAAAGAAGGCCAUCUUCUCCGAGUCCAGCAAGGAAGUUGGCUAUGUCGUUGCCAUCGACGUGACCCUGACCGGUGAGAGCGCGAACACCGCUCCGGUCGGCAAGCUCACCGCCAGCAGCCCCCCGUACUCGUACUCUCUCUUGGGAUCUGGCAACGUCAAGGCCGCUGUCACCAAGGAGGCUGGCCAGACCUUGGGCUUCUAA